AUGGUUCAUGCUGAUGAUGAAAAUGAAUAUGCUGCUAAUGAUGCACGACAAUUCUUACAAAAGCGUCUUUUUGGUAUCCCAUUUCCUCGUGAACAACGUCGAGAAGCUAAAGAAAAAUAUGAAGAACGAUGUGAACGAGCUUUAGGUAUAAAUAAAGUCACUGGACUACAACGAUGGUGUCCAAAACUGGAAGAAUGGGAUCAAUGGCGUGCAGCUACAAGUGGAGAUAAACGACGUAAAGGAUGA